CGCUAUUUAAAUCAAGUUCUGUCGCUAAUUUUAUUUUGAUGUGCUGAUAUUGAUGUUUUGCACAUUAAUACUUAAUCAACAUAUUUUGCAUUGUAUAUCGUGAACUCGGCUGUCCAGUUGCACACAUAUACGAAACAGAAAUUACGGCGACCCAGCCGAUAAAAUUGUGCCGAAUACCAAAAGAAAAAAAAUAUAAAAAAUCAACAAUAACCAAAAAACAAUAACUUCAGCCAUGACCAAUUUGGAAAAGCAACACGAGAUGGUGAAGCGGAGCCUUGUCCAAUUUGUAAGUGCGCACAUUCCAGGUGCCGAUUUCAGCGUAGUCGAUGAGAUUGUCCUCUCCUACAUCAUAUCUAUACUGGAGGAGGCGUCCCAGGAUCCGUGCUUUGAUGUUGAGGGCUUUGUUGAGAUGAUGGGUGCCUACUUUGAGGAGUUCUCCACGAUCGAUCAGGGCGUCAUUUGCGAAUGGAUUUACAAGCUGGCCAACGAGCUAACUGAUAUGGAAAAGAACCAAGGCAACCACAGUGCGGUCAAUUUAUCGCUCCACGCUUUGAGCCUCUCAAGCCUUAUGCCAGAGUCCAAGUUGCGUGCACGCAACUCGUCCAUUUCCGAGAAGGAUGAAAUAUCCUCGAACAACAGCAGCAGCAGCGGCGGCGGCGGCUGCAGCAGCAAGCGAUCCCAACACUUGUCGGAGACCAGCGAUGGCGGGUCCACUGAUAGCUCCAGCUCCACUUGCGAAUACUUUUUUGAUGAAGCCGAAGUGCUGCAGGAGAUGUUUCCCGACACGGCUUACGUUGAGAUAAAACAUUGCAUUGCCAUUUCGAAGGGCGACAUCGAUGGGGCCACUCAGAUAUUGUUGCAUCGCCAGGAAACUAACCAGAGUCUCACCGACAAGUCCUAUACUGUGGGCAUGCGGAAGAACAUCGUUGUUGAUGACAAUGAGCUUAAGAAUCGCAUAAUAGCUAGGUACUCGUAUGUGGACAAGAAUGCCACCCAGCGUGAGUAUAAGCCGGUGGUGCCCAAAAUGGAGCCGCGCAAACUUGUGCGGUAUCGGGAUAAUAAGAUUGUAUCGCUUAAGGGGGAGCGCUACACGGAAGUCAAGCGUGACGAAGAUGCUGAGUUAAAAAAACCCAAGAAGCAGAUUCAACCGUAACUAAAGAUGAACCAAACCCACAAGUAUUUUAUCAAGAAGCAACUUAACCCACAACCACCUAACAAUUCCGCACCAACGACACCUAGACUUGAUCGAUGCAGCAGCAGACAACGCGAUAAGAAAGUUUUUGAGCACAAUUUAUGCACAGAGCUGCAUAUGCGUGUGAUCAAAAUCAAUCCAAGAAUCGCUCCCAGCUCAACCAAAAUCCCCCGCCUGGCCUUAGCGCCAGUUGUAGCCAUGCUUAGCCAACGUUUAGAUGCUUCCUUGCCAAUAGCAACACAACACGAAUCUGAAGAUACUGGAGACGAGCAACAAAUGCCGAACAGAACAGCAGCCGCAGCGAAUAACCCAUUAAUAUUAAUCAAGGAAUCCCCAUGUGAGUUGACUGGCAGUUUGUUGUUGCUGUUGUUAAUUUGCUUUGCUGGUUAUUGUACGCCACGAAUUUUUUAUCAUAAUCAAAUUGUGGACAUGGACACAAAGACUUUACAUACCAAAUUAGUUAAUAGUUAUGUUUUAGGUAUCGA